UCGAGCGGUGAGCAGGCUUUCCUCUGUCCAACCUAACCAAGCAAACCAAGUGCGAAUCACAUAUAUAAAUAGAGAAAAUAGUAAUAGUAACUAGUAAUGUUUUUGCUAAAUGCAAUUAACUGAUUCACCAGUGAAACGAAAACAAAGCUAAUUCAAUUUAAAAUCACAUACGAUCAAUGGAUUAAAGAGAAGCGAACUGAGGAGAAAGUUUAGAUAGUGAUUUUCAGUGUAAAUUGUGUUUUGUGCUUGUAAGGAUCAAGAUAUAGAAGAUGGAGCACGAUAGCUUCGAUGAUCCCAUAUUCGGAGAGUUUGGUGGCGGUCCUUUAAAUCCGUUGGGCGCCAAACCAUUAAUGCCCACCUCAACGGCCAUGCAUCCCGUGAUGCUGGGCAGUGUCCAUGAAUUGUGCAGCCAACAGCAGCAGCAGCAACAACAGCAAAGGCUGCCCGAUUGCAACACCAUUCUGCCGAAUGGAGGAGGAGCCGGAGCUGGAGGAUCACCCAACUAUGUGACCAAGUUGGAAUUUGUAAACAAGAUUGGUUGCUACUCGCCUACCCAGAAGUUCGAGUAUAUCAGUGCCCCUCAAAAGCUGGUGGAACAGCAACAGCAGCAGCAUCAUCAACACCACCAGCACUACGCUGCCACACCACCGCCCAGUCACAAUGGCAUCCUCUUGCACAAGCAGUCCUCCCAGCAGCAACAGCAGCAACUGGUGGGCAUCUUGGAUUAUCAUCCACUGAAUGGCAAACUGGACUACUCCUCCUCGCCGAAGGAUCAGUACGAACCCCAGCAACAGCAGUUACAGCAUCUUUACGGCGGCAGUCCACAUCAUUUGGAUCAUCUGGAUCAUGGCAGCGAUGGUUUGCUGCAGGAUUCUUCACCCGUAAUGAUCAAUGGAGGAUCCACGGGAGGCAAGCUCAAGAAACCCGAUGAGAUGUGCUCACAAAUGGAAGCGGGUGGUGCUGGAGUCAGUCCACCAACUAGUUCCACCGCGGUGGUUAACGGUGUUUCAGUGACGACCAAUGGCACGACCAAUACGUCCACAUCUUCCGUCGGCGGUCAGGGGACGCCAGUCACAGUGGGCGGCGUGGCGGCUCCUGCUCCCAAAAAGGACGGCGGCAGCAGUAAGAAGAAGGGAGAUCCCAAUGGCAUCAAGAAGAAGAAAACGAGAACUACCUUUACUGCUUACCAGUUGGAGGAGUUAGAGCGUGCCUUCGAACGUGCCCCCUAUCCGGACGUCUUUGCUCGCGAGGAAUUGGCCAUUAAACUGAAUCUCAGCGAAUCUCGGGUUCAAGUGUGGUUCCAGAACCGACGGGCGAAGUGGCGCAAACAUGAGCCACCACGCAAGACUGGUUACAUCAAGACUAGCACUCCGCCGACGGCAACGCUCAAUCCCGGAACACUAGCACCACCUUUCACCAGUUAUCCACAGACAACGACGGUUACACCGCCGGGAAGCAUGGACAGCUGGACCAGCUACCAAACGCCUUAUGAGCUGACACCCCAGUUCAGUCUGCUCUCGCCUGCGGCCAGUCCGUAUGGCACCUAUUCCGGCCAGUAUGGCGCCUAUGUCCAUGAAAGCCAACUGUUCCCGAUGCGGCACUAUGAAUAUGGCAGUCCUACACGCAUGGAAAUGGGAGCAACUUCAGGUUCGGUGGCUGGUAAUGGAGAGGAGGCGGUAGCCAAUGGCGGAAGUUAUCAGUCGGCGGAGCUGCAGCCCACCCAGCAGCAACAGCAGCAGCUAGCCGACGGCACCCUGGUCACCGUCCAUGCCCACCAGCAUCAACUGGCGCAGCAGCAGCAACAACAACUCAAUGGCAAGUACCUGAGCGCCGAGGAAGCCAAAUAUGUUCAUCUCCAGUGCCAUCAAAGUGGUUCCGGUUUGGAGCUGAGUCCCGGUUCCAGCUGUCACUUGGUGGAGGCACAAGGCCAGCAUUACGUGACCACUGCCGCUGGAGGGGGAGCAUCCGGAGGAGGUACUAGCAGUGAUGACAACGAUAGCGGCAGUAUGCAGACUGUGAUCAAGAGCGAGGAGGGCGGCCAGCAACAGCAGCAGCAGGCACAGAGCUAUGUCUUGCCGCCUUUUUUGCACUAAGAGAAAUGCUCACACACCGGCGACAGCAACAACAACAGCGACGCUGGGCCACGCCUCCAAGCAUGCCGAGGGCCCGUUUCCGGCGGCCAUUUUAAAAGAGUGUGGGCGUGGAGUGUGCAGCAUUUCAAACUGUGUUUCUCCGACUGAAAGUGGGGCUCCAGAAGAGCACAAACCCAAAGACAAAGCCUCCAAAUUAGUAGAAUUUACUUAAAUGUAGAUCGUUGACCCAUGUUAAAGGAAGAAAGUUAAUUUACAAGAAAGUUAUUUAUCUUUAAACUUUAACAUUUAAUAGCCAAGAAAAUAAUAUCAAUGUUAGCUAGCUUUUAACUUUAAACUUUUUGAUUUUUUUUUAGUUUUUCUGGCCAGUCCCACACAGUCAUUGGCCACUAUUUUCAUAUUGCCAUAGGUUCCUUUUAGGUUUAAUCACGCAAGUUGCAACAACAACAGAAUCAAGAAGUCUUGCCAAAACUUAACGCGGUUUUUGUUCAGUCUAAGUCUAGGUUAAUCAAGGGUCAGUGGUUCAAGAACAUGAACCUACAACCCCCAGAAUGCAUUCCAAAUGUGCCUUACCAAAUGGGUGACGAGAGGUUUCUCAACUAGCCCCUUCGUUGCCCAACAAAUUUAGUUUUACUUACCCUAAGUUUAAAUUAAAUCCCAUUUACUGUUGUGUAGUUAGACAAUAAAAUGCUUUUUAUAUUGUAGAUUAGCUCAUUUGGCUUUACAAAGUUAUUACUUACUAAUUUAUCCUUACCAUUUUGUAUAACGGCUUGCAAAUUUUGUUGUACCUACAUUUAAUCUAGUUUAAAUUUACCAUAUAAUUGUAAGCAAUACACUAGGUCAUUUUGCAAAUGUAUAUAAUAGACAUUCAAAUAAAUCGUAUUUUGUACCAAUAA